UGAAGAUCGAUGCCCAGAGCAGAACCUUGGCAGCAUACAGAGAAAGUCUGAAAAUGGAUCCAGUCCAUCUGCAGCUAAAGGAAAAGACAUGUCCUCCUCCUCCUCCUCCUCAACAGACCUACCAAAGGACACGAGUACACCAACUGGUUGUGACCUUACAUUUGUGUUAAUCGGAGACUUGAUUUCUGUUGAGACUGGAGCAAACAACAUCUUACUUAACCUUGAUGAGCAAACCAAAUUUUCCUCCAAACUGUAUGAUUUGUGUGGUCAGCAUAUAUCUGUUGUGAACUUACUUGGCCAACAAAGCAUUAAAAAGCUCCCUUUAAUUCAGGGAAUUCWUGCUUUUCUCUUACUGAUCCCAAAUGGUCAGCAUGUCAGUCAUUAUAAAUCAGGAGUGCAGUGGUUAGAAAAAACAUUUGGCAGACAGUCACUGGCAUAUUUAAUGACAGUCGUGACCUGUAAAUCAGGUGAAAAGUGUGAAGGUGCACUAAAAGACCUGAAAGCUUUAGACAGCUUUGAUGAAACAAGAUACCACACAUGUUCAAAGAGUAUGACAGAGGCUGAGGAGGUAGCAGAUCUACUGACAAAAAUAAACAUCAUGGUCUCUGAAAACAGUCCACAAUGCUACACUGGAUUGAUGCCAGGAGAAAACACAGAGGAGAGUAAACAUCUGGAAUCCAAAUCUCUGGGAGAGUUGAUGGAUCAAACAGGAUCCUCAGAUAAUAAAUUAUGUGGAAACAAGGGAAAGCAGCCAUUGAAGAGUUCAGAUGAAAUUAUUCAGAAACAGCUACAAGAGAAAAAUGAAACUUUGUUUGUCAGACUUCAUCUUCAGGAAAAAUGUUACCAGAAGCUGUCCAAAGUUGAUUUUCUUCAAUUAAGUCAACCUAUCACACCAUGCCAUGACACAUCUGAAAAAGAUUUGGUGUAUUCUUUUCUUCACAAGUUACUCAUGUUAGAUUACAGGGCCAGAUAUAUUCCUGUUAAACAAGACAGUGUUGAAGACUCUGAUCCAAACCCUGUUUCUAUGUCUGACACAAGUGAAGCAGAUGAAGAUGAUUUAGAGGAGUUUCUGAACACCAAUGUAACUACAAAUCAGCAACAACAGACUCAUGUACAUCCAAUGGAUGUUCAGAUGGCAGUAUUUCACUGCUCAGACAGCUUCCUCAGGCAGAUCAUGAUCACAAAGUUGUCACAGUGUCAGUAUGCCUUACCUUUGCUUGUUCCUGAUCCAUUUAAAAUGGAGACSGAGUGUCCUUUGUGGGCCUUCAGACAGAUAACAAAAACAUGGAAGAUAGUCAAAGGAGAUUCAAAUAUCACCAUGAAAAGUGUCCCRAUCUACAAAGCUGAAACACCUUUGGUGUCUUUUUUCCGUCUGGGUUCACUAUCAGUGUCUAAGUCUCAGCUGAUGAACUCUUUGAUCAAUGAUCGCCACGACACGUUCUUCCAUAGAAACUGUGAUGGAAGCACCAAAUCUCGCCAUUUGUUGGACGGUGUUGCAGAGAUUGCCUGGUACUGCCCUGCUGGAAAACCCAAUGAUAUAUUCAAUGACUGCAUUGCCUUUUGUAAUCUUCAUGGUGAUGGUGUAUUGAUUGAGAAACAAAGAGACAUAUUGAUUGAAAAAUCAUCAGUUAAUGUUGUGCUGGUACCAAAGCUCCAAAAAGAUGACAGGAUUUGGCCAAUAAUCACAGCACUCUUCAAAAUGAAAAAGCCUCUGAUUUGUCUCAUUGUUGAUGAGAUUUGUGAUGCUGUUGAAACCAAGAAGGGAAAAUAUAAAAUGGGACUCAAAGACAGAAGCCAGUCAGAUGUAUCUGGAGAACUUAAAAGAAUCAUUCAAGAAGUUUUGUCUUCUGAAGAUCCGUCCAUUUUGAAACCAUCCUUCCAGCUUGAAACCAUGGCUGAGGUCUCUGGAAUYAAAGUGGAUGAAAGUAACCCCAUGUGUCAAAAUGGAAAGAUUCCUGCUUUGAAAAUAUCUGAUUUGCUUCAGGGUAAAGAUGUUWCAAAGAUCAAAGAUGAAUUUCUUCCAUGUCAAGGUCAACUGUGGCACAAGUGGUGCCAAAUUAACAAAGAACUCUAUCAUCUCAAAGGACAGUCCAUUGAAAUGGAGAAAUCGAAUAAAGAAGCACAACUGGUGGAAAUACGACAAAAACAAUGUGCUGUUUCCUGCAGUGAACUGAUGAAGUUGUUCACUGAAAGCCUUGGGUCAUUACAACAAAAGGACAAAGAAUAUUUUCUUAAAUGGACUCAGRUUCUAACAGAUGCCCUCUCCACAGAUGAUAUUUCUUCAAUUCUUCAAAGUUAUGAUAAYACCUGGUCUGAGUUGUUGGCUUUGAAGAACAAACAUAACAAAUCAGAAGUUUUAAAAGCCAAGAAAGCUGAGCUUGAGUCCUUAUCRAAAAAGCUGCAAUCUGCAACUUUUGGCUUGGAGCACAUUUUCAGAGAAAUGGGGCAGAUCUAUGAGGCUCAAAUAACAUGUAACCCAAACAGCAGACAGGAGAAGUGGUCCAAGUACCCAAAACUAGCUGCARAUCUGCUGAUCUCUGGACACCCUCUGGAGCUGCUGGAUGGAGAUGCAGGUCAUGUUCCUCUGAAAUGGAUCUCUAGUCUUUUAGAGGAAGUCAUCAAUAAACUGGGUGACCAGAAAGUUUUUGUGCUGUCAGUUUUAGGAGUACAGAGCAGUGGAAAAUCAACRAUGCUGAAUGCAAUGUUUGGACUGCAGUUUGCAGUGAGUUCUGGCAGGUGCACCAAAGGUGCCUUCAUGCAGCUGGUCAAAAUAUCAGCUGAGAUCAAGAAGGACUUUAAGUUUGACUAUGUGUUAGUGGUAGACACUGAAGGACUGCGUGCUCUUGAGCUGGGAGGAAACACGUCUCUUCAACAUGACAAUGAACUGGCAACAUUUGUUGUUGGUGUGGGAAACAUGACGUUGAUYAACAUCUUUGGAGAGAAUCCAGCCGAGAUGCAAGAUGUUCUGCAGAUUGUUGUUCAAGCUUUCAUGAGAAUGAAAAAAGUCAAACUUACUCCAAGUUGUGUUUUUGUUCAUCAGAAUGUAACAGAUGUUGCAGCAGCAGAAAAAAACAUGGAUGGAAGAAGACGCCUGCAAGAAAAACUUGACCAAAUGACCCAACUAGCAGCCAAAGAAGAGGACUACAAUGCAGACUGCUUCAGUGAUGUUAUUGCAUUUGACGUCCAAACAGAUGUAAAAUACUUAGCCCAGCUGUGGGAAGGCAGUCCACCUAUGGCUCCUCCAAAUCCAGGUUACAGUGAGAGCAUCCAAGAACUAAAAAGUGUUGUUCUCUCCAAAGCAUCAAAGUCWGAUGGGAUCAAGCUUACACAGCUCAAUGCAAACAUUCAGAACCUGUGGAAGGCACUUCUAAAUGAAAACUUUGUUUUCAGCUUUAAAAACACACUGGAAAUUGCAGUGUACAGAAAACUUGAGGUUCAGUAUGGAAACUGGACCUGGACCAUCAGGAGCAACAUGUUGACCAUUGAAAACCAGCUCUACAACAGAAUCGAAAAUGGAGACCUUAACAAGGUUGAGACAAGAUAUCUCAAAAAAGAAACAAUCAAAACAUAUGAUGAAAUUAAAAAGGCCAUGAUGACGUACUUUGAGGAUGAAAAUGAGAAAGAAAUGUUGGUUCAGUGGCGAGGUCAAUUUGAAAGUAAAAUCAAAGAGUUUUGUGACGAACAGGUGAAAACAGUUAAAAGAAAACUGGAUGGAGUAAUUGAACAAAAGAGCACUCGAAAAAAGAUGGACGAUGAUAAGACAGUCUUGGAGACUAAACUGCUUCAGAAGAGCAAAGAACUCGCUCAGACGCUAAAAGAUAAAGUCAACGAYGAUGAAGAACUACAAAAACAAUUCAGUUCUGUUUGGAAAACCUGGGUUACUGAGUUCACAAGAGACACAAAACCUGUUGAGGACAUCAACUUAGAGGAGGACCUGUUAACUAUCCUUACAGAAAUUGGUGUGGAAGAAAAACUCAGAGAAGAACACAAAACAAGUGGAACAUACAAAAGAAUUUCCAAAAUGGGAAACUACAAACACUAUGUUGUAUUUCACAAGAAACAAGAUCUUGAUGAAACUGAUGAGAGAAAAAACAAAGACAUUGAAAACCCUAAAAAUAAUGUUAGUUCAGUGUUCACAAGUUUUAAAAACUUUUGGUCAUCAAAAAAUCAGAACUCCAACAGCGRUCUGUCUCAUCAAGACCAAAACCAGAUCAGGGAACUCAUUACCAACGCUGCAGAAACAUCCCUCAAUGCAAUCAAGGAAAAACCUGUUGCUACAAGAGGCUAUCAAUCAACUUACUUGCAAGAAAUGAUCCAAUUAGUCAAAGAAAAAGUGGCCAUAUUUGAGUCCAAUCAGGGGUAUCAGCUUAAUAAGGUGUUUGAAAUCGAUCUAAUCCUGUUUGUGUUUGACUUAGCCAAAAAAUGGCUUCAGGACUCUCAGGAGGAAUUCAGGAAGAACAACGACGCUCUCAUUUAUCUGGAAAGCAAGAAAGAAGAGUAUUUUAACAUUUUCAAGAUCUUUUGUGAAGGAAGUUCCUCAGCUGUAGUCCUAGCUGAACUGACCAGUGAAAAACUGAAAACAUCCAUGGUUGAAGCUGUUUAUAYUAAAACAGCCGUGGCUCUUGCUGGAGAAAUGAAGUGUAUUUUCCCAGCAUUCAAUGGGAACAGACUAGACUUGGAGAAACACAUGCUGAAAUCACUCACUGAGAAAGACGACUUUAAUAGUUUCAUUGAAUACAUACAUCAUCCAAAAAGACAAUCAGAGGCUUUUAUUAAAGCAGAAGUACAGAAAUACAUCUUCACAGAUCACAGAGAUAAAGCAGAGAAUAUAUUCAGAAAACAUCUUGAAGACAUCAACACAACUGUGAGUCAAGCUUUUUUUACAGCAUCCAAGAAAGUYCAAACUAAAGGUGGAGACACAAACAUGUGGCUGGAGGAAUUAUCCAGUCAGCUCAAAGAUGAGCUGAGAUUCGAUGGUUCCUGUUUUCAAGACUUUGAUGACAUAAAUGAUUUUGACUUCCUCAUGAAAGAAGCAAAUGAAAAACUUGAAUCCGUCAAGAAGCAAAUCAACAGUUUCUCUCAAACUGAAAUGAGAAAAGCAAGAAAAAGGCCUCAAGACAUCCUGAUUGAACAUCUGUGUAAGUGCUGUUGGGUGAAAUGUCCGUUCUGUUAUGCUGUUUGUACCAACACACUGGAAGAUCACAGUCCUGAAGACCACAGUGUACCUUUCCAUCGAUCCAGUGCUGUCAAGGGAUUUCACUACAGAAACACAGACAUCUUCAGCAUUGAGUUCUGCACAACAAAGGUUACAAGUGAUGGUGGUUUUUAUCCUGACAGUUCAGACAGAACUGUUCCCUAUAAAGACUAMAGAACUGCUGGUCCACGGUUUGCCUCAUGGAGAAUCACCCCUGMUGAGUCCAAACUGUCCUACUGGAAAUGGUUUGUGUGUAGAUUUAAAGAAGAUCUGAUCGAGCACUAUGGAUAUAAAUUUGAGGAACGUGGAAAAAUUCCUAGAGACUGGUAUAAAAUCAAUAAAAAAGAAGCUAUAAAAAGCCUGGAAGAAAUGUGUCAGUGAAUCAAAACCAAAGGCUGGAGCUGAGGAAUGAGGACAGUCGGCUAUUACAUGAAAAAAUUAUUUCACUAAAAGGCAAGAAAAACAAGACAAACAAACAAUACAAUUAAAUUUGCUGAAAUUUUAUUUUUAUUGCAAAAAAAUAAGAGUUUAGAGAUUUUCUGUUAUGCAAAACCAAAUGGGCUCUUACAUGUAAGUCCUAUUCUUUUACAUUUGGCACAAAGGGAUGAUGGUAAACAGUCUAUAUUUAAACUCUAAGUUCUAUCUAAAUAUAGUUUUCACUUACAAUUCUUUACAGUUUCAAGAAAUGUAUAGUCAUAGUUUAAAGGACCAUGUUUUAGUUUUUGGAUUUUGUCACAGGCAGAUAAACUUAUUUUCAGUGUUUUUGUUAUGUGAAAUUAUAAAAGUUUCUCUGUUAUCUCUCUCUCUUUUUCUUUCUUUUUUUUUUUACAAAAAUGAAAAACACUGAUGCAACUUUAAAUGCCAAAUCUGAUUUAAAGCUUUUAAGUACAACUACAUGGAAGCAUUUUGGUUAAAUAUGAGAUGUGUUGAUGUAAAGAAACAUUUCAGUUUGUGCUUCUUUGUAUUUUAAACUUGCUGCUUUAUGAAAACACUGUUGUGAAAAAAAUUGUUUUACUAUAUCAAUCGUUUAGUGUCAGAACAAAAAUGAGUACAAAGAUUAUAUAUUUACUUUAUAUGCUCCUUUGGAGUUGUUUUCUGAUUGAGUGUUAAAGCACCCUCAGAGGUGUUCAAAGUUACAUUUUUCUCACAUUUACAUUCACUCAGUAACUCAUUGUGAAAAUAUGUUUUUGAAAUAUCUCAGUACAAAAUGCUUGAUAGAGGUUACUCUGCUUUGGGUCAUUUUGUUUGGGUGCCUUUUUUUCUUGAUAAAUAAAAAGAUUGAUGCAAAAA